AUGGGACCCUAUGAUGAAGAAAAAAUGCAGAAAUGGAGAAAUAUAUUAAGACAAUUAAUCGACGAAAUAGAAUAUUAUGAAAUAUUAUUAAAUAGAGUUAAAGACCAUGUCAUAACAUUAAGAAAACAAGACCAACAUCGAAAAGCUUCAAUAAUACAAAAAUUAUUCAGAAAAAGACAAGUUCAAAAAUUAAGACAGCAAAGAAAUGAACUACAAAGACAAAAACAAGAACUGGAUAUAUUACAAAAAUCAUUAGCUAAAGCAGAAGAAAACAAACAGAAAAACCAAUACGUAACAUCCCAACAACUAACACCUCAAAGACAAAACUUAUACGAUCAAUGGUUUCAACAAGAAUUAGCACAAUAUGACAGCUCACUUCGAAGGAGAA